UUCCGUUUACUCUAACCACGUGGUUGAUAUAUCUGCAUAUCCGGAGAAGAUAAAUCGUUUAUUUCAACCACGUGCUCACAUUUCCUUGCCCUUGCCACUCCUAUUAUCUACUGAACUGGUGUCAGCAGAUAUGAGCCCUGUCCUUCUCCUUGUUCUAAUAUGCCUAUCAGUUCUUUCAAUAAUCAGUUUACCUGCAGAUGCUCUAUUGUAUGCUAAUGGUGAUGUGAGACUCAACAGAAAUGGAUCUGUUUCAAUUGAUAACACAUUAGGAGUCCUUGAGGUGUAUAUCAAUGACGAGUGGGGCACUGUCUGCUCUGAUGGGUUCGGUACUGGCUCUGCAGCUGCUGUUUGUAGACAGUUAGGAUACCUUGACAGUUUAAGCUAUGGACUCCCUUCAAAGUACAAUUUACAAACACCAGUGGGUCCUCCAGUGUUGACUGAUGUACAGUGCCCAGUUGGUAUUGACUAUGCUGCCAGUGGCUAUCUCCAUAUACUGAGGUGUCCUCAUUCAACCAGCAGCACCAACUCAUGCAAUAAUAAUAAUAAUAAUGAUGAUGAUGUCAUUGCUAUUCAAUGCAAUGAAGUUUUGAUUACAUCCAAUCCGUACAAUGGACAGAUACGAUUGGUCAAUGGUCCGAUACAGUCAACUGGUCUAUUGGAGAUAUACUUAUAUAAUGACUGGGGGACAGUUUGUGGUGAAGAGUUUAAUAAAGCAGCAGCUGAUUCAGCAUGUCGGCAGUUAGGAUAUACUGAAUCAUUUAAUUAUACAAUCACACCAAAUUCAAUGACAUCUCCAGUGUGGGUUGAUGAUAUUACAUGUACUGAAUCUGAGAGUUGUUUCAGUACUAAUUGUGUCAAUGAUGAUCAGUCAGAAGUAACAUCAGGACCUUGUGCUGGUCAUGCAAUGGACAUCAGUCUCUCAUGCACUUUUGUAUCAACUGAUGGUGACACUCUAUUGUCUGGUAAUGAAUUCAUUUGUCGUAUCCAUGGAGUUGAUGUCCUUGUUAUUGUCUUGUCUUCAGUAUUUGGAUUCUUUUUCUUGACAUGUCUCUGUGUACUGAUCACUUGUAUUGUUUGUUGUUAUACUGUCAGAACCUGCCCUUUGUAUGCCUACAAGCAGAAGAGGAAGUAUCAAGGACUGAUCUAACUUAUGAACAAGAAAUGUUGUCAGUGUAGCUUUGCUGCUAUUUUAUUAAUUAUUUUUAUUUCUUAUAUUCCAACAUCAUGUAAUUGAAAUUCA